CUCCCAAUUGGAAAAUUAGGGUUAGGGUUAGGGUUUGCAAAAGCCUCUCUCUCUCACGCAGUGUCCAGCCCGUGGUUCAGAGGAACGAAAUUAGGGUUUUUGGCUGUCUUCUUCUGUUUUUUGUUUCCAUGUCUGUUGAAUCUCACGAUUUAGGAUUUGUGGUGUUGAGGAUGGGUGGAAUUUGGUGGAGAGGGGCUCUCGGGGUUGCAGAGGCUGGAUAAUGAGAUUCCGUGGUGUGUUUAGGGUUUUCAAGUAUUGCAUGCGAAGUGUUGGGGUUUGAGCUCAGGUUCGAUUUGGUGUGGUGAUCUGGGGGUUUUGAGUUGGGUGGAUAUCUGAAAACCCUUUUUCAGGGUUUGGCGGCUUCUCUUAACUCUAGGUUUCUUUCUUUUUUACUUGGUGGAAACGUUGCAUUAACAUGCUUUGUAUUUUCUAGUGCAUUUGAUCUUGAAAUUUAGGGCAAGUUGUAUCGAGUGGUUCCUCUGGAUUUUGAAGCUGCUUCACUGAUGUUUCGUCAGAGGUUCAAUUGAAUAUCUUCACCCUGGUAGAUUUAGAUUGAAAAUUUUCUUCUGGUUCACAUUGAUCUGAUACAAUGGAUGAAGUCUGGGAAAGAGCCGUGGAAACAGCUCUUGAAGGACAUUCCGACUCUUUCUCAGCUCGAACCCUAACACUAGAUGGUGCAGUGAAGUGCGCCCAUGGCCGACUUCCUCCUCCUGGUCUCCUUGAAAAGUUUCAGAAUCUUGAGCUCUUAUCGAUUGCAAAUGUUGGCGUCUCCUCUCUAGAGAAGUUUCCCCGCCUUCGAAACCUUCAGAAACUCAUUCUCAGUGACAAUCGCAUAGCCAGUGGCCUCGAAUUCUUAGUGGAAGCAGGGCUUGAUUCUCUCAGAGACCUUGACCUCUCAAACAAUCGAAUCCAAUAUCUUGAAGACCUUGCUCCAUUAGCCAAACUAAAGCUCAUCUCUCUAGACCUCUACGAGUGCCCUGUAACUAGGGUCCAUGACUAUCGAUCCAGGGUUUUCUCUAUGAUCAAGUCUCUGAAAUACUUGGACAAGAUGGAUGCUGAGGAGAAUGAGAGACCUGAAUCAGAUGAAGAGGAAGAUGAAGACGAAGAUGAUGAGGACCCAGGCAGUGGUGAGAUCGAUGGCGAGGAUCGCUCGGGUAAGGCAAAUGGGGGUAUAAUUGAUGGUGACGAAGAUGAAGAUGAGGGGGAAGAGAGUGAUGAGGAUGAGGAGGAAACUGUUAGGGUUAGGGCGAAUGGGAUCAAUGGUGGGGAGAGGGCCAGGGCUAGGUACUCGCCAGAGUUGAAUGGUGUGGAUGGGUCCGAUGAGGAAGAGGAGGAUGUGGAGGAUGAGGAGGAUGACAAUGGUGGUUCUAGGGUUACAGUUCCUUCUCAAUCAGCCAAUGGCGAUUGGUCUGAGGAGGAAGAGAUCGAUGAAGAUGAUGAUGGUGCAGAGGUUCAUGAGGGGGAUGACAGCGAAGAGGAAGAUGGGGUUGAAGAGGAAGAAGAAGAUGGUGAUGGCGAUGAUGAUGAUGGUGGUGGGGAUGAUGAUGAUGAUGAUGACGACGACGAUGAAGAGGAAGAGGAUGUUGAUGAGGAAGGGGAUUUGGGUACUGCAGGUAGGCUAACGAGUGCAGAGGGCGAGAUUGAUGGGCAUGAGCAGGGCGAAGAAGAUGAAAAUGGAGAGAUUGGUGAGGAAGAUGAACAUGGUGUGGAGGAAGAUGGGGAUGAUGAUGAGGAAGAUGGUGAAGAUGAGGAAGAGGAUAUCGGUGCUGAGUACCUGGUUCAACCCAUUGGACAAGCAGAAGCAGAAGACGAAGGUGGAGCCAGUGAUUUGGACCCUGGGGAGAAUGAAGAUGACGAUGGAGAAGAAGAGGAGGAUCUUGAUGAGGAGGAGGGCCACAGGGUUCAAUCACAACCUCCUCCUCAUCAAUCCAAAAGGAAAAGAAGCUCAGAAGAUGAUGAUGAUGAUGAUGAUGUGGUCGAGAAUGGCAAAUCGUCUAAGCAGCGCUAAGCCUGAAGAUUUCCCUCUCUUUUUUUCCCCCUCCCCCUUCUCUCUCUCCCCCCAUACAUUAUACUCUCUAUGUAGACAUCUCUUAUACUCGAGACGUAAGGGCUUUCUCUAAAUUGUUCUCUGGUCCCUUUGAGCUUGCAUUGAGAGAGAGAGAGAGAGAAAGAGAGAGAGAGAGAUUGAGAGCAGUUCAGACUGCCCCUUUUUGAAGGCAGGACCUUUGAUUCAAAUCCAUGUGUAUAUUUGUACAACCCAUGUCAUGGGGCCCCCCCUUGAAAUC